AAUAUGGCGCUGGCCAGAUAUAGUAAAUGUUGUCGGUCGUUACUGUACGAGUCCUCUAACGGAGUCAUUUGUCGUGUUUUACAACCGGGCUGGAUUGAACGUCGUGCAGGAGCGAAAAGGCAUCUAUUGUCAGAAGAUGUUAUCAAACUACAAGACUUUCAGCAGAGGAAGCUGGCCGUGGCUCACCUUGUCAGUGGAUCGAAAGGAAAUUAUAUUGAGCUGUUCAGUGAGAAACUACAAAAGAAUGAGCUGAUAUUGCGAGAUGAGUUGAAACUUCUACUUCACUUGUGCCAAUCUGCAGAUGAUAUGAUGAUAGCCAAAGACGCCAUGUAUAGGUAUCAUGCAGAGAACCGGAAUUUGGCAUUUGGAGAGUUCAAGUUUGGUCCUGUCUUCAUGAGACUGUGUUAUGAGCUGGGUCUGGAGGAGAUGGCUGCUGCUACUCUCACUGAUGAGACUAUGAAAGGAUUUUUCAAUGACGCCACAUCCUUCAACAUCGCCAUAGACAUGUUAUUCACAAAAGGCUCUUAUGAAAAUGCUCUGGAGGUGCUAAGAACCAUGAGGAAACACGGUGUGCCAUUCAAUAAGGACACGCUGACCCUGGCAUCUGGCACCUGCUAUAAACUGAACACGCCGGAGUCCUACAGGAUCUUCAUAGCUCUCUUGGAGGAGGGUCAAACCAAGGGGAACUUUAUCCCCCGACAUGCUUUCUGCUUUGCUGUAGCAUUGGCACUUCGACAGAACGAUGUUGAAAAAGCGCAGUCCUUGUAUUCACAAAUAAUGAGUACAGAUAGCAGAUUAUGCCAAAAUUUGAAGAUUGUACUAUUUGCAAUGUCUGGAGCAGUGACAGACGCCAUUUCCGUCCUCUCUGAAGCAAUUGUGUCUAAAAGCCCUUCUUUCGUGAAGAAGCCUGAAUUUUCUCAGGAGGUGGUGGAUUUGCUGCGUUUGCGAAGUGAGGACAAACCACAAAAGGCGAAAGUGGAGCAGAUAGUUUCUCAGCUUGAGCAUGCUGGUCAGGUGACUCAGCUGACCCUCGAUGACAUGUUGUGCUACACACCCACGGGGAAAAGGAAACCAGCACCAAUGGUGGACCAGAGGAGGACUAGUCGAAGGACUCUGACACCACUACAGUCCACUCUGCUGUCAGAGUGAGGCAACCUGCCCUAACUCUUUCCCACAAAACUAGUGUCAUAUGGAGCUGGAAAGUGUUGGUCACUUAAACGCUGGCGGCUCUGGCUACAGUUGAACUCGUCCCAGUUAUCUACCUCUCCUUAAAGACAAACUCAUUCAUCCCUCUACCGAUUGGACUCCCUUUGUAGAUGUCUCUAUCCUGUUGCACAAGUUCACAGUAUUAGUGUGGUAGGUACUUAAAGUAAGCAGAGAAUGGCUUGUUUGAGAAAACACUAUCUUAAUUGGUAUACAUGUUCCUUUAAGGAUCACAUAUGGAUGACAUGAAUGAUUUGGGAGAA